CGUGACUCAUCCUCCUUUCCCGAGGCUUUUCAUCAAAUAGCAUUUGCAGACACAAUCAUUCUCAACAAGGUUGACUUGGUUUCUCAAGAGGAAUCCGAUGAAUUGGUGAAAGAAAUCCGGACGAUUAACUCACUAGCCAAUGUCAUCCGUUCCGUCAGGUGCCAGGUCGAUUUGUCCAACAUAUUAAACCGCAAGGCAUAUGAUCCAACCCAUGUUAGUCGCCUUGAAUCCCUGCUAGAAGAAAACAAGUCAUUGUCUGCCAGAGACAUUCAUGAUAGCGGAGUGAGGACAAUAUGCAUCUCUGAACCACAAGCUGUAAACCUCGACAAGGUCCGUUUAUGGCUAGAGGAAAUUCUUUGGGAUAAAAAUCACGAGAUGGAUGUGUAUCGCUGCAAGGGGGUGUUAAGCAUCAACCACUCAGACCAGAUGCAUACAUUGCAGGCUGUCAGAGAGAUAUACGAGAUAGUUCCAGCCCGAAAAUGGGGCGAGGAGGAGAAUCGAACGAACAAAAUUGUAUUCAUAGGACACAACCUUGAUGAAGAGGUUCUUACAAAUGGAUUGAGAGAAUGCAGACCCACUUGUCCCUGAAGGAAAAACCCUAACUUGUAAUAGAAGCAAACCCCAAUCCUGAUAUGGUAUUGAAACCUUCUGCUACAAAGGGAGAUCAAAAUUUUGGAAAUUGUUUUUUUUUCUUACACAAAUACAUUUGAUUUGUCGAAUCAAAUGAGUUUAUGGGUAUCUUUUUUUUUUGUCCGCUUUGGAAGAUAACAGAGGGGACAACGUCUGUCAAGGAAUAGAUUACAGCAAGCUGUCA